AUGGUGUAUGGAUUCAAUGAAGCUAAGGAGAGGGGAAAAUUAUGGGAAGACAUUGAGAGAAUAAGUGGCAGUGUCACUGGAGCUUGGGUGGUUUGUGGUGAUUUUAACAAUGUAUUGCAGCUCAAUGAAAGAGUGGGAUCAACUGUAACUCUUGAGGAGGUUGCAGAGUUUAGAAUGUGUUUAAGAAGGGCUCAACUACAGGAGCAAACUACCUCUGGACCGUUCUAUACAUGGUCAAAUAAACAGGAGGGAGAGGCUAGAGUAUUUUCAAGAAUAGUAGGGUUGUGGUUCUUUAAUAUGUGGACACAAGCUGAUGGGUUUUUGCCAAGGGUUCAAGCUGUCUGGCAACAAUCUAUACAAGGUGUCCCAAUCUUAUCAACACCUGUUAAGACACAGGAGGAGGUGCAUAAGGAGCCUACAAAUGCUGAGUUGCAUAAGUUGGAAGAAGAGGCUAGGAAACGUUAUGUAGAGUUGAAUAAAGCUCGAUUAAGUUUUCUGCAUCAGAAAGCAAAACAAGAGUGGAUAAAGAAAGGGGAUGCUAAUACUGGGGUGAAGAAUGAGGAAGGUGUUUGGCAAGAGAAAAGUGAGGAUAUUGAACAAGCUUUCUUGGGGUUCUAUCAGCAACUUCUGGGUACUAGGAAGCCAACAACAGCUAGUGUAAGCCCUACAAUUAUCAGGGAGGGUGCAAUAUUGGAGGAGAGACACCAACAUGAGCUACAAAUAAACUCCACUAUUCUUUGUCUAAUUCCUAAAGUAGCUCAACCUGUUGAUGUGACACAGUUUAGACCCAUUGCUUGUUGCAAUGUUAUCUAUAAGAUAAUAUCUAAAAUGCUGUGUAGUAGACUGAAAGAUGUUCUUCCACAUCUUAUUGAUCAAGUACAAAGUGCUUUUGUGGCUAAUCGAUAUCUGGUGGUGAGAGCUCUGAAAGCCUUUGAAAAUGUUUCAGGCCUGGAAGCAAGUAAAGAGAAGACAGCAAUCUAUUUUGGCAAUGUUCAGCAGGAGAUCCAAAAUAGAAUCAUGCUACUCACUGGCUAUAAGAAAGGAAGUUUUCCUUUCAGAUAUUUGGGUGUUCCCAUCACAUCUAAAAGAAUCUCUAGAGCUGACUGUGAUAUCUUAGUGGAGAAAAUCAUGAAAAGAAUAAUGUGCUGGAGCUCGAGGCAUUUGUCCUAUGCUGGUAGGACAACAUUGGUUAAUUCAGUGCUACUGAGCCUGCAUACCUACUGGGCUCAAGUAUUCUUGUUGCCUAAAAGUGUGUUAAAAAGGAUCACUCAAGUCUGUAGAGCAUUCUUGUGGGAAGGAAGAUCGUUUCUACAGAAGACUCCACUAGUUGCCUGGGAAGGCUGCACUUGGGAAAUUUUCUGGCAAAUUGCACAGAAGCAAGACCUUCUAUGGAUUAAAUGGAUCCAUAGUGUAUAUCUGCAUGAUGGUGACUGGUGGGAGUAUGAAGCUCCUAAAAUGCAAGCUGGAUAUGGAAGGCUUUGUAAUGUAAUGGUUUGGAUUGGGAUUCGAACAAGGAAUCAGGAGAAUUUGUACACAGCAUGGAAGAGAUGGAGCAGAAGUUUUAAAAGCAAGAAACGUCAGAGAGUAUGUUACUCAGUGAUAGCAGCACUGGUUUAUCAUGUGUGGAGAAUGAGGAACUAUAGCUACUGGAAUGAUGCUGUACCAGAAUUGAAGGAGUCAGUAGAGCAAUCAAACUUGAUGUUGUUGAUGUUUGAUAGCUUUGGUUGUAAGAAGGUGCUUUAA